CACCCCGCUCUCAUCGGCGGCCUCCUCCACUCCAAAAAAUUGCAAGAAUCGCUCGAGGUUUUUGACGGGAUGAGGUUACGAGGAAGAAAGCCGGAUGCCGGACUGUAUGGGAAGAUCAUCAAUGCUUUAUGUGAUUCCCGCAGAUUUCAUGAGGCUUCCAAUUAUCUGGACGAGAUGGUUAUGAGUGGAAUUGUGCCCAAUAGAUUGACAUGGAGCCUUCAUGUGAGGAUUCACAACAUGGUGAUUCGAGGACUCUGCGGUGCAGGGGAGUUGAUUCGAGCUUUCAGGGUUUAUGUUUCGUCACGUAGACGGGGGAUUUCCAUUGAAGUGGAGACUUAUGGGGUUCUGGUGGAGCUGUGGUGCAGGAAAGGGGAGGUUGAGAAGGCGUUGGGGGUGGUGGAGGAGAUGGUGGUUGAUGGCUGCUUGCCUGAUAGCAGUGUGUGGUGGUCGGUUAUGGAGGUUUUGUGGGGUGGGAGACAGGUUGGGGAAGAAGAUGAGUUGGUGUGGGAAGAGCUGGUUUUUUGUGAUGGGGAUCAUGAAGUUUAUGAAGGUAAGGUGAGUUGAGUUGUGGUUUGUGUUAAGUUUAGGUAAAAAAAUAUUUUCGUGCGGACAUCCGAACGAAGUGAGGAGAACUAUAAAAAUAUUAUGUCUGGGUCACUAAAUGUUCAAACAAUUAUUGAAUGUCCAGACUAUGAUGUGGAUCACGCUACCCUACUUAGUCCAUACCACGGGAUGUCUGGAAGAUGGUGUGGAUCGCACCACGCCGCUUAGUCUAUACAAUUAAAUGUCUGGAUGAUGGUGUGAAUUGCACCACGCCUAGACGCAGAGAAUAAUGCGGAUUACUCCUUUCCAUUAUGCGCAUUAGCAUGGUCUAAUCCACACGGUUGCGCGCACAAAAUGUUUUAAGUUAGUUUAGGGUUGGAAAAAAUUGUGUUGAGAUGGGGUUUAAAAUGGUUGAAUUCCCUUUAGUUCGUGCCAUGGAUGAAGAAUUUGUGUUAUAUUCAUCUAAUCAGAGAUGCACUUAUCUUUAAGCGUUGUUUUUGUUAUUUUGAUGUUCAUGGGAAAUUAUAUGUUCAAGCAUUAAGAUUUUGAGGCAUUAACAUAUGCCAUCUAAUUCAUAUGUAUUUAUAGCUGUAACACCCAGGGUGGGAGCUAACCUCUUUUUUGAAG